CGCUCUCUUUGUUAUUUUCUUCCCUCUCUUCAGUUUCAUCUUUUCGGUUCUUCUUUAGAUGAUCUGCAAACCUCUUUCAUGGAAAACACAUUUUCUUGAGAUUAAUUAGGUUUGGACAAUACAGUCAAUAGCGAAGGAAAUAAGAAUCACAAAUACUGAUGAACAAUCUGGAAGAGUCCAAACCGGAUCUCUACCCACAACAUCAACGAGAACAAGAGAUGGCAGCCUCGUCGGCGGUGAUUGACGGAAUAGCAGCGUCGGCUCUCUGGUCAGUUCUCCAGAGAGUCCAACAGGUCGCCGAGCGAUGUGGUCGUGAAUCGCAGUGGAUCCGCGUCGUUGCCGUCAAUAAAACGAAACCCGUCUCCCUCGUUCGCCAAGUGUACGACGUCGGUCAUCGAUGUUUCGGCGAAAACUACGUCCAAGAACUUGUCGAGAAAGCCCCUCAGGUUCUUCCUCCACUUAAUUCAAAAGAAAAAAGCAAUAAAUUGAAGCCUUUGAUUGGUAAGCAAAGCUACGUGUUUUUAGGAACUUUCGAUUAA